CCGCGGAGAGUAAAAAAGGCAGUUUUCUUGGGUCACUUGUGGAAGGAACUUUGGUGUGUUGGUGGGGUUUGGGAAUCUGGUGUUUAUCUGCUGCUGUGGGGACUUGAGCUCCCUCCCGGAGGCUGGGUACUUGGGGGAGACUGCAGACUGUUCCCUCUGCUUCUCAAAGUUGGUGCAAGAGUCAGCGUGGCACCCUGCUCCCCUUCUGGCAUAUCAGAAUCGGCAGUCCAUGUGCAAUUCCAGAAAGAUGUGCACUUUGUGCAGAGGCAUCCUUAAGUGGAGCAGGAAACUGCGGAGCCUCUCGGAUGGCCCUGAGUGCAUCUGCAUUCCGUGCCCCGGGGGAUCCCGGUCCGGGAGCCAGGGCGCUCUGCUCUGUGGCUGAGUGUGAACCGGGCUCUGCCUCUGGCCUCCUGACGGCAUCCUCGCUCCUCUAAUCUGAGCAUUGCUUGUUCUCUCAGGAGGUUAGUCCAGCUUCAGUUGGGGAAAAGAGUCACAAGUCUAGGAUUUUGCCAUUUAAACAUACUCUUCAGACCACUUGAUCGCUGCCCUAGACACCAUGGAUUUGCAUCUGUUUGACUACUCGGAACCAGGGAACUUCUCUGACAUCAGCUGGCCAUGUAACAGCAGCGACUGCAUCAUGGUUGACACCAUGACAUGCCCCAACAUGGCCAACAAGAGCGUUCUGCUCUACACCCUAUCCUUCAUCUAUAUCUUCAUCUUCGUGAUCGGCAUGAUCGCCAACUCCGUGGUGGUCUGGGUGAACAUCCAGGCCAAGACCACCGGCUACGACACGCACUGCUACAUCUUAAACCUGGCCAUCGCCGACCUGUGGGUGGUGGUCACCAUCCCGGUCUGGGUGGUCAGCCUUGUGCAGCAUAACCAGUGGCCCAUGGGUGAGCUCACUUGUAAGGUCUCUCACCUCAUCUUCUCCAUCAACCUCUUUGGCAGCAUCUUCUUCCUCACCUGCAUGAGCGUGGACCGCUACUUGUCCAUCACCUACUUCACCAACACCUCGAGCCACAGGAAGAAGGUGGUUCGCCGUGUUGUCUGCGUCCUGGUGUGGCUGCUGGCCUUUUGCGUGUCCCUGCCCGACACCUACUACCUGAAGACUGUCACAUCCGCAUCCAACAACGAGACCUACUGCCGGUCCUUCUACCCGGAGCACAGUGUCAGGGAGUGGCUGAUCAGCAUGGAGCUGCUGUCUGUGGUCUUGGGCUUUGUCAUUCCUUUCUGCAUCAUCGCCAUCUUCUACUUCUUGCUGGCCCGAGCCCUCUCAGCCUCCGGAGACCAGGAGACGCACAGCAGUCGGAAGAUCAUCUUCUCCUACGUGGUGGUCUUCCUGGUGUGCUGGCUGCCCUACCAUGUCGUGGUGCUCCUGGACGUUGUUUCCAUACUCCACUACAUCCCCUUCACUUGCCAGCUGGAGAACUUCCUCUUCUCGGCCCUGCACGUCACGCAGUGCCUGUCCCUGGUGCACUGCUGUGUCAACCCCGUGCUCUACAGCUUCAUCAACCGCAACUACAGGUACGAGCUGAUGAAGGCCUUCAUCUUCAAGUACUCGGCCAAAACGGGCCUCACCAAGCUCAUCGACGCCUCCCGGGUGUCGGAAACAGAGUACUCCGCUUUGGAGCAAAACACCAAGUGAGGCCCAGGCUCCGGACACGUGUGCUUGCUUUCAGCAGGGCUCUAGGUUGCCUGGGGGCUUGAGACCGGAGCAGUGUGCAGAGGGGGAGGCGGGCCACAGUGCUUCCUCCCUGACUCUCUCAUGCCUGCAUGGCCAUUGCUUGGCUGUGACCCUGAUCAUGUGUCACACAGGGCCGUGCCUCCAGCCGAUGCCACUUGUCAAAACUGGUGGACGGAGGGGUCUUGCCUGCACUUCUGUACAAUAGGACUCUCUGUGUUUCCUGAAGGUUUUCUAUGGUGAUUUGUAUUUAAAUGCUAAGACUUUAUUUUCUCACUCUUGGCAUACCUUAUAAAUGUAUCAGAAAGUUUAAAUAUUUUAAAUGCUGUAUGGGAAGUGUAACGCUGACAUGUAAUCGUGUUGUAGUUUUAAGAUUAGCUUGACUUCGAUUUUGACUAAGGAUGAUGUUGACUGUUUAGCUGUUGUGAGAUUAUAUAUAAAUAUAUAAAUAUAUACUUCUAUGCCAGCCUCAGCAGAAAUGUUUUAUUUACGACAGUUUUCUAUCUGGGUGUUGCUUUGUACUGGCAUGGGGUGUGCGACGAGAACUGCCCUGUAAUGCAGUUUCUGACAUUAAUAAUAUCUGUAAACUUAUAUUGAAAAACAAACAAACAAACAAAAAAAGCAAAACUGUUCCAGGCUGCAAUGCUGUGCAUAAAGCAAACGGCGUAAGUCAGAGAGUUCACUCAACCUGUAAGUUAUUGUUUUAAAAAUAAAGAUCGUUUUGAUUUUCCUAAAAAA